AUGUCUGCCCGGAUGGGUCUCGCUCGUGUUUUGACGCUCGCCCUUCUCGCCUACCUUCUUCUUCUUUGCUUGAACUGCUCCGAUUUACUGCUCUACGUUCUCUCAUUCUUCUCCGUCUACUACUUCCUCUACUGGCUCAAGCGUUGCUUCUCCUACUUCUUCUCAUUCUGGCUUAACUGCGUCGGCUUCUUCUCCUCCGUCGUCUUUUGCUUGGUUUUCAGUUGGUGUACUGUCAUCUUCAUCCUCCUUCUGGUCUCCGACCCUGCCUACUCCUACAAGCAUCACGGUUCUCUGUGGCCAGCAUUGUCCGAGAAGGGUCAGCAGGCUUUGUAA